AAAUAACAACUCGGAACAAAAACUGUUAGUUAAAAAGUUUUUAACUAGAGCGGUGGACGGUGGCAAGCGGAGUUUAGGGCUGCGGGUCGGUGUUCCCGCCCAAACUCAUCAUACUGUAAGUGGUAGCCCCUAGGGUUUCGGCCAAGAAGUAUGACUAAGAAAAUAGUUGAACUUGAAGAAGAAAUUGAAGGAGAUAUCGUAGAGACAAACGACUACAUAUUUGAUAAGAUCGGCGAGGCCGUUCCAAUCAAGAGUGAUGGUUUCAGUUUCGAUCCCCAAAGCAGUCCCUCCCGGCCACUCGCCGUAUCGGAGAAACACGGCCUCGUCUUCGUCGCUCAUUCAUCCGGGUUUCUCGUUGCGAGGACCAAAGAUGUUAUGGCUUCCGCCGCCGAGAUUAAGGAAAAGGGAAGCUCUGCUUCUAUACAGGAACUGAGUCUUGUGGAUGUUCCCCUCCCCAACCUUCACAUUCUCGCACUAUCUACCGAUAAUUCUACUCUUGCAGCUACUGCCGAUGCCGACAUUCACUUCUUCUCCGUCGGCUCUCUCCUGGAUAAGGGUCUAGAACCAUCUUUUUCUUGCUCACUCAAUGAAUCCAGCUCUGUCAAGGAUAUUCAGUGGACAAAAAGUUCUGAAAAUAUGUAUGUGGUUCUUUCAAAUCUUGGAAAGCUAUACCAUGGAACGAUUGGUGGCCCUGUGAAGGAUCUAAUGGACAAUGUUGAUGCUGUUGAAUGGAGUUCAAAAGGAAAAUUAAUUGCUGUGGCAAGGAAGGAUACUCUCAACAUUUUAUCAUCUAACUUCAUUGAGAAGUCGUCUAUGCUACUUUCGUUCAAGUCCUGGAUCGGUGAUCCUGAUACAAACUGCAUCGUAAAAGUGGAUACAAUCAGGUGGGUUCGCAAUGAUAGCAUCAUUUUAGGAUGCUUUCAACUGAAUGCAGAUGGGAAUGAAGAAAAUUACCUUGUACAAGUAAUACAAAUCAAAGAUGGCAAGUUUACUAAUGAUUCCUGCAAGCCAGUUGUUAUAUCUUUCUAUGAUUUGUUUUCAUGUCUCAUUGAUGACAUUUUGCCGUCUGGAAGUGGACCUUACUUAUUAUUGAGCUAUCUGGAGGAAUGUGAACUUGCAAUAACUGCUAACAGGAAGAAUGCGGAUCAGCAUGUUGUAUAUCUUAGUUGGUCGCUAGGAGAGGAGAGUAACGAAGCUGUAAUUGUUGAUAUUGUACGAGAUAAUUUGAAACCAAGAAUUGAGCUUCAAGAAAAUGGUGAUGAUAAUUUGAUUAUGGGGCUCGGCAUAGACAAAAGUUCAAUAAGCCAGAAAGUUAGUGUCAGACUUGGAUUGGAACAGAGAGAACUCUCACCAUACUGCAUUCUGAUUUGUCUUACUCUAGACGGAAAGCUAAUGAUGUACCAUGUUGCCAGUGUUAAUGAUGUUACAGUUAAGCCUGCUAGUGUUUCUAGUGUUUCUGAUGAGGAAGAGGAUUCUACUGCAUUGGUACCUGUAAGAUGUGAACCAGCUAAAUUUUCUCCCGAGCUGGGGAAGGAACAAUUUGAAAAGCUUGCUAUGGAUGCUCCUUUGCUUAAUAAGAACAUACAGGAACUUGACAGAAAAGUAGGUCUUGAUGUCCUUACAAAAGAUGACCAGAGCUCUCUUAGUGUAAAUGAGACUUCGAUGCUCAAGGAGGAAAGUACCAACAGUAACAAGAAAGUGGAGUUUUCAACGACUUCUCAGUCAUUUAAAGGUCAACAAGAACUUAUUUUUUCGAACCCCUACUCAAAUAAAAAUGGUAAACAAGUGCAGCUUCCUGUACAGGAAAAUAGAGAUAUACAACACGCAUCUACUGAUUCUUUUUCCCAAGACGGGAAUAGUCUUGUGUACAGGGACUUAAGCAAGAUAGGAACUCAAGAAAAUGCUGUACUUGCAACUAGCAGUGUCUCUUUUGUUGAGACGGGGGUAAAAUCUCUAGGAAAAAUGGAGUCAGCAGAUUUACAGAGGGUUUCAUCUCAGUCCUGGUCAAGUGGAAAAAUCAUAACUUCAAAGGGCACUGAUGUGAAAUCUCCAACUGUGCCUUCAACUUUUAUUCAAGGUAGCAGAUCUGGAACAUCAACUACCGUUAACUUUUCUGGUAUGCCGGUUGAGAAUAGGGGAAGGAGACCAUCAGCUGCGGCUGGAAAUAUUGCAUCAGUACCUCCCAUUUCUGGCUUCCAGACGUCAUCACAGGAAAAUUUCUCGAUUGGCAAGUCUUUCAACCACAAGAUUCAUCCAUUGAAGGAAAAUUACAGUGAACUCCCCCAGUCAAGGAUGCUGAACUCUGAACCAAGUUUAUCAAAAAAAUUUGGCAAUAUAACAGAGAUGACCAAGGAGUUGGAUAUGUUCCUACAAUCUAUAGAGGAACCAGGUGGUUUCAGGGAUGCUUGCAUUGUUAGUCAGAAAAGUUCUGUUGAAGAACUGGAGAGAGAGGUUGGCAUUCUGUCUGAGAGAUGCCGAACGUGGAAGAGCACUAUGGAUGAACGACUUCAUGAAGUCCAACAUCUUUUUGACAUGACUGUACAAGUACUGGCACGGCAAAUAUACAUGGAGGGGAUUGUGAAACAAGCUUCUGAUAGCCGAUAUUGGGACUUCUGGAGUUGUCAGAAAUUGAGUUCAGAACUUGAGCUGAAGAGGCGACAUAUUUCAAAAAUGAAUCAGGAUUUGACUGAUCAAUUAAUUAAAUUGGAAAGGCAUUUUAAUGGCCUUGAGCUUAACAAAUUUGGUGAAAAUGAUGGAGCUCAUGCUGGUCGAAGCACUUUGCAAAGUCGAUUUGGGCAUUCAAGGCACAUUCAGUCCUUGCAUAGUCUACAUAGCACAAUGACUUCACAAUUAGCUGCGGCCGAUCAACUUUCUGAGUGUCUAUCAAAACAAAUGGUGGCACUAAAGAUCGAGUCACCUUCUGCAAAACAAAAGAAUGUGAAAAAAGAGUUGUUUGAAACUAUAGGGAUUCCUUAUGAUGCCUCUUUCAGUUCCCCUUCCCCAGAUGUGUCGAAGUUUCGUGGUACUCCAAAAGAGAAACUAUCAUUAUCUUUGGGUUCAUCUGCUGCUAAAGAUCAAACCAGGAGAAAUGCGAGCGCCAUGAAGAAUUAUGAACCAGAAAUUGCAAGGAGGAGGAGAGACUCACUGGAUAGGAGCUGGGCAAAUUAUGAGCCUACAAAAGCCACUGUGAAAAGGUUGCUUUUGCAAGAAAGUGGAAAGGUAAGUGUGAAUAGAUCAUCAUUAUCGGUUGAUAAGCAACGCAUUAGCUCUCGCCUGCUGGAGGGAUCAACCGUUACUCGUCCAUGGGAUCACACAAUGCCUGCAACAUUCUUUCAUCCAUCUGAAAACAAAGCAGGCAUUCAGGAUACACACUCAAAACAGGCUUCGGAAACCCCAGCAACUCCAUUUGUUUUGCCUAAGGAAUCAGUAGGGCAAAAUCUUUUGAGGGAAACUAACAUGACGGCAGAAAAAUCUGGCGAGGGCAUAACAUCUGUUAAGAAGUCUGAAUCAGUUUCUGCAAAGGAAAAGUCUGUUUUGCCAUCAGACACUAGUCAGAAACUAUCAUCUUUUAUGGUACCUACACAGCCAUCCUCAUUGUUUAAGAAACCCAAUGAUAUGGUAAAUUCAUAUACCAAAGAGAGUGUGAAGGACAGGCCUUUGAACACAACAGUUCCAUCUCUGGAAUCUGGGAAAAAAUAUAAUUUUCCAUUCUCUCCCUCAUUUCCUGUUUCUGUGGCCCCUUCUGCCACAUUCUCAAUGUCAGUUUCAGCAUCCACAUCUUCAAUAUUUAGUUCAUCAUCAGCUCUAUUGUCUUUAUCAAGUCCCUCAUCAACUUCUCCUUCCUUGUCCUCUGUGAUGCCUUCAAACAGAUCGUUGGCUUACUCAAACAAUACUGCAGAUAUGAAUAAACCUGUCACAACAUCCCCAGUAUCAGCUUUUCCCUCUCCAGCUGUUCUGCCUUCUGGUUCUUUCUUACUGAAUGUUUCAAAAUCACUGGUGCCCUCUGACAUUUCGCCUGAGACAAAUUCAGCAUUAGAAUCUCCAAAACAAGAGAUUCAACCUUCCUCAAAGACUGCCGUGAAUUCUAAUACUAUAGUACCACCAGUGGAAUCUGGACCUUCCCCUGUCGAAACUAAUUUGAAUCUCAAACCUUCAAUAUUGCCUCCCCUUACAGUUGAAACUUCAACAGGACUAGCACCUGGAAAUCAGUCCAGUCUCAGCAAUUCUAGUGCUGCACCAGUAGUGGAUCCUGGAAGCCAAACCAGUUUGAAGAAUACAUCAGGUCCUACACUUAAUGUGACUGUAAAUGCUCAGCGUGAACAGACAUCUGCUGGACAAUCUCUAUUACCAUUGGCCCUCUCAAAUUCAGGGAGUGUUAAUGGUAGGACUGUAGAUGUCCAGAAUGCCCAGGAGGAUGACAUGGAUGAAGAGGCUCCUGACACAAGUAGCCCAGCUGGACUUAAUUUAGGAGGCCUUGGUGCAUUUGGGCUUGGCUCUUCCCCUAACCCAACUGCUGUUAAACCCAAUCCAUUUGGUGGAACAUUUGGUAAUGCAGCAACAAAUGUGACAACUUUGCCUUUCCCCACGACUGUUCCUAGUGGAGAGUUGUUUCAGCCUGCAUCUCUUAACUUCCAAUCUCUACAGCCUUCUCCAUUAUCUCAGCCAACAAAUUCAGGUGCAUUUGCUAGUGGGUUUGGCACUGGUACUACUGCCCAAUCUUCCAAUCCGAGUGGGUUUGUCCAGCCAUCACAGGUUGGACCAGGGCAGCAAGCAUUAGGAUCAGUUCUGGGUGCUUUUGGACAGUCGAGACAGCUUGGUACUGGUCUACCAGGAACUGGUUUUGGAUCACCUAGUGGUUUUGGAGGUGCCAUUGCUAGCAAUAAACCUCCUGCUGGUUUCUCAGGUGCUGCUACUGGAGGAUUUGCGGCUGUGGCUUCUGGUGGUGGUGGAUUUGCGGCUGUGGCUUCUGGUGGUGGUGGAUUUGCUGCUUUGGCUUCAGGGGGUGGGGGUUUUGGCGGUGCAGCUUCAGGGGUUGGGGGUUUUGGCGGUGCAGCUUCAGGGGCUGGGGGUUUUGGUGGUGCAGCUUCAGGGGCUUCAGGUUUUGGUGGUGCAGCUCCAGGUGGUGGCGGUUUUGCUGGGGCAGCUCCUGCUGGUAGCGGGUUUGCAGGAGCCAAUGUGGCAGGUGGUGGAUUUAGUACAUUUGGUGGCCAGCAAGGAUCUGGUGGUUUCUCUGCUUUUGGUAGUGGAGGAACCGGAAAGCCUCCAGAUUUGUUCCAGAUGAGAAAGUAACUGAUUUUACCAAAUCAAACUUGAUGUAUGCCUACUUGUCACAAAUCAUAUGAAUGUUGUUUGAGAAACUGCUUUUGGGCUAAUGGCUAUUCCCGGUUCUCAUUGUACAGGUCUCCUUGUAGUCUGCAAUAUUAUAUGCUUGAGCAAUUUUAUUCCCUUG